CUCAUUGAAUAACCGCGUUGGGUAAUCCUUGUGAUUUUCAUUCUAAAUGCCCUGCUCCGCAAGUUUGACAUCCAAUCAUCAUUUCUACUCGUUUAACCAACAAGUAUGAGCUUAGAUUCAUCUAGGUCCGCCAAUUCUGCCUCCGAAUCUAAACGGAGCAUCAAUUCAAAUCCUAGAAGCAGUAAUACCAGUAGUAAAAGGAAGAAGACGACCCAGAAAACCCUAGGCAUGGCUUGGGGUGCCAAUUCUCGCUCUUCUUCACGGGCUACAUCUAGCCGCUCUCCUUUCUCCGAUUUCGGCAGUUACAUGUCUGUGAAGAAUCGGAAGUUACAUGAGCAGUUUGAUGCAGAGGCUUCGAGCACUUCUUACAGUGGGACAAGUCCUUCAAAUGAAUCAAGACCUAUAUUUCAUGGAGUUUCAAUUUUUGUAGAUGGAUAUACUGUUCCUUCCAAUCAGGAACUCCGAGGUUAUAUGUUGAGGCAUGGGGGGAGAUUUGAAAAUUAUUUCUCAAGGCAACGUGUUACUCAUAUAAUCUGCAGCAAUCUCCCCGAUAGCAAAAUCAAGAAUGUGAGGUCCUUUAGUCGAGGACUUCCGGUAGUUAAACCUGCAUGGGUCCUAGAUUCUAUUGCUGCUAAUAGACUUUUGAGCUGGGUACCUUAUCAACUGGAUCAAGUUGCAAGUGAAGCAAAUAACCAGCCAAAAUUGUCUGCUUUCUUUACCUCAAAGAACUCCACAUCGCCUGCUAUUAUAAAAAAAAACUCUCCUGACCAGGUAAUAUCUAAUGUUGAGAUGCCAUUGAUGGAAGGAAUCAUCACUGAGAGUGGUCACCUUUCUGGAGUAAGGGGUCCCGCAGAUGCUAGUGCAUGCAUUCGAGAAUCUCUAGUUCCUAGUCAUGUGUACUAUAAUGGAACUGAAGCUGAAGAUUCAUCUUGCAGUGGUAAUGCAAGCUUUAAUACAUCCCACCCCAGCCCUCUUCAUGCUUCUGGUAGCUGCCUGAAUGAGAUGGAUACGGAGGCAUCAAUUUUAAAAGCUCAUAGUCCUAAUAAGCUGCACUCAAGUGUAAUGGAUGCAAAUUUCAUGGAAAAUUAUUUCAAGAAAUCGAGGUUGCAUUUUAUUGGUACCUGGAAAAACCGGUAUCGUAAGCGUUUUCCAAGCUCUUCUUAUGGAUUUAGAUGCACGGCUGUCAUAUCAUCUGAAGAAUCUCAGGCCACUCCAAUAAUUCACGUGGACAUGGAAAACAAGUCAAUAGGUGCUGAUGUCAACUGGGGUGUGAGGUUCAAGGAUCUGAAAGAUGCUCAACAUUUCUUAAAGAAGCUCUGUGAUGAGGUUUCAUUGCGUUUGCAGGGAUGUGGCGUUAAGGGCCGCACUUUUACCCUUAAGAUAAAGAAGAGGAAGAUUGAUGCUGGGGAGCCUGCAAAAUAUUUGGGUUGCGGAAUCUGUGACAACUUGAGUCACUCUACAACGGUGGCAAUGGCUACAGAUGAUGUCGAUGUGCUUUAUAGGAUAGCUUCUCAGCUCUUUGGACAUUUUCAAAUAGAUGUAGAGGAUAUAAGAGGAAUGGGCUUCCAAGUUACAAAACUUGAGAUGGCAUUUAAUACUAAACAAGGUAAUGAGAAGAAUUCAAUCCAUGCUUGGCUUUCUUCUACCAUGACAAAUGACAGUAACCGCCCUAAAAGUAAUCAGUCAAAGAGUGCUGAUACAGGUUAAAGUAAUGGUAAUCAAAGUGUUGAUGAAGACACUACCCAUUUAGCAAGUUUUUUAGUAGGACCUUUGGUUCAAAGCAAUACUAGGCCGUCUACUAGUAAUGUUGGUAAUAGACAAGAUGCUGGUCUUCCUCCUAUGCAUGAUCUUGAUGUGGGUGUUAUAGACUCUCUUCCUCCCGAGCUCCUUUCAGAAAUAAAUGAAAUUUACAAUGGGGAAUUAUUGAACUUUAUUUCAGAAAGGAAAAACAUUAGAGCUGAUAUAUGCCACAAAAGUUUGGAUGGUAACUUGUUAAAUCUGUUCUUUUAUGGACAAACACACACAAAAACAUGCACAUCCAUAUUUCCUUUUUCAUGAUGGGUUUCUUCCUUGUCAUAAGCAGGUACACUCAGUAAGGAAAAGACACGUUCUUCUAGUUGCCUUGGUUCAUCGGAUAAUUUGGUAAGUCGUCAGGUAUUCGAAUGGA